CGAUACUGGCACGCCGCCGCUGACAUCAUGUGACCUCCCUCUCGCAGCUACACGGUUUUUUACCCAUCAUUAAAACAUUUCAUUUCCAGCAAAGCGGUAAACUGACUGCCACAAAAAAUUGAAAAAGGACGUUGUUAUAAUAGUCCCCAUGUUGUACUGAGUUCGGCCGUCAGAUCCUUUGUACGUUGUUCCAGCGCCUAAUCGGAUGGUCUACAGAGGAAAGCCCAGUCCUAGGUGUGGCCGGUGUAGGAUCAGGGGGCUCAGGUGUAGUCAAGAGAAACCCUCGUGUGCGCAAUGCAUCCGCGCCCGCGUGGAUUGCCCGGGGUAUCGUGACCUUCGAUCUCUGCUAUUUGUAGAUGAGACCAAAGAUGUUAGCAUCAAAGCUGAGAAGAAAGGUGUCACUAAAUAUAAGACCGAGAAAAGAGGCAAAUCGUCACGUGACUCCAACCAAGAGGCUUACAGAACGACUAUGAUAGCCCCGUUGCCGGAUCAGGAAUUGUUGUUCCCGAUACAUGAGCAAGCCUUAUGUUUUGUCUACCAAAACUAUCUCCAGAAAUGGCUAUGGCUGUAUGGGGAUGGCGCUGUACGAGAUGACAACUUGGCUUUGUCCUCGGCAAUAACCGCCUUAGGGCUAUCCGCCAUGGCAAACAUGAGAAUGAGCCCUCCACUGAUGAUGGCGGCACGCGAAGAAUAUACCAAGGCACUAGCAGCAACAAACCAGAACAUAAAGGAUCCAGUUUUAUCCAAAACGGACCAAACUUUAGUGGCAGUUAUGUUUUUAGGGAUGUUUGAAGUUGUAACAUAUACGGACCCAGAAUCCAUUUUCCGUUGGAUGAAACACAUAGAAGGAGCUACAAAAUUGCUAGAGUGGCGCGGAGAAGACCAACUUAAAAGCUCUCGCGGCUCACAUCUGUUUCGACUUAUGCGAGGUCAGAUAGUAACUCAUGAUAUCUUUAAAGAAAGCCAAACCUCUCCAAUAGUUAUAGAUCUAUCCCAGAAGGCUUGCGAUUCAGGAGAUGGAAGUGUCCAAUAUGCAGAUCAGCUGGCUAAUAUUAAUAUUCAGUUAUCUAGAUUAUGUGAAAAUAUCCGGUGUGGAGAGCUCGCUGAUCCUGCAGCUAGAAUUGGCUUUGCACUAGCACUUGAUGCUGAGAUGGAAGCCUGGUCAUCCAGUGUCCCGUGCAAAUGGGGAUUCGAGACCAUCACUCUUCCCUUGGAGAGCUUGAAUCGGAUGAACUCGGUGUUUGGAAUUUAUGGCAACAAAUACCAUAUAUAUAAGGAUUUAUACUCUUGCGGAGUCUGGAAUAACUGGCGGGGAGCUCGAAUGGUCCUCCACGAAAUCAUACUGAACAGCUGUAACUUACAGGAGGAGGUUGGCGGCGAUACCGAGCCUUCUGCGCAGCUAUUUGGGCACUCAAAAUUGGCGGCGCGGAGUGAGGCUGUUAUGAAAGUACUCAUUGAAGACAUUUGUGCCAGUGUUCCCUACCACUUUGGUAUCUCCAGCAACCAGUCAUCGAUGGAAUCGGUGGGCACGAAUGAACCUGCCACUGUUGCGGGACAUAUCUUAAUAUGGCCGUUAUUUUUAGCUGCUGACUCCAUCUUUGCCUCGCCGGAUCUCAAAAUUUGGGUAAUCAUGUGCUUGGAGAAAAUUGGGCAUGGCAUGGGAAUUGGCCAGGCUCUUGCCAUGGCUAAUUUGUUGCGCGAAGGUGCGGGAGUUCGCACCUGGAUUCAGCCAGCGGCGGCCCUCAUUAUUGACUAGUCAGCUUGGAAAUCAUAACAUUUAAGGUAUUCCGAUUUCCAUCCCUGGCAGGUGGAGAAGAGACUUGAUAAGUUACUUGACAUCACGUCACGUCGGUGUUAUUAACUUUGCUUAUUUAUGCGAUCAAACAGAAUGGAUUGAGUUUCGAGAGUUGGGGACAUGAGCUGCGUCUAUAGAAAAAUAUCUU